AUGAUAACACCUCAAUCACCUCACGCGCUGCUCGGCCAGCUUGCUUUCGAAGGUGCGACGAAGAAGACAAGGCCAAUGUUGAGGCAAGGUGAUUUGGUCUAUGCUCGAGUUCUGUCCAUCGGUCUCGGUGCUGGUGCAGAAGUUGAGCUUACCUGCGUGAACCCAGCAACCGGCAAGGCUGAGCCUGGGGGGUUAGGUCCAUUGACCGGAGGAAUGGUGUUUGACGUCUCUACCGGCAUGGCUGCGAGAUUAAUGAGAGCUAGCUCGUCGACCUCCGAGCAAGAGGAUGGUGUGGAUGGAUUGGUGGUCUUGGAAGAACUCGGCAAGAAGUUGGAGAAAGUCGGAGGCUUUGAGAUAGCUGUGGGGAGAAACGGCAAGGUCUGGGUUGACUGCUCGAAUGGAGGGGAUGCUGCUGUUAAAGCGACAGUGGCAAUAGGACGCUGUCUCAACACGAUUGACGAGCAUGAUCUGAGCCAAACGGAUCAGAGAAAACUUGUGACGAGGGUUCUACGAGAAAUGAAGAUCGAGUCUUGA